GUCGUUUUGGUACGUCGAUGAAGAAUUGUCAUUUCGAAAUUGGCAUGACUAGCCUCUGUGGCACGCCCGCCGUCGCGGCCUUGGCGGCACAAGACCCGUUCAACUGGCAGCCAUGCCCCGACACGAACGACACCCGCGUGCAAUGUGGGUUCCUCAAAGUCCCCCUCAACCACUUGGAUCCGUCGCCCGACCAAACCAUCGACAUUGCCGUCCGCCGCUUCCGUGUCCCCAAUGCCACCAAGGGCACCAUCCUCCUCAACCCUGGAGGGCCCGGCAUUCCUGGUAUGCCCUGGGCUACAGGCAGAGUCGCGUGGUACCUCGGGGGCCAGCACGACGUGUUGGGGUUCGACCCUCGUGGAGUGGGGAAGUCUCGUCCCGCGCGCUGCACCAAGAACGGUUACACCGCCACCACAGAGUGGCCCAAACAGAGGCACCUACCGUUCGACUCGCCGACCGCCGAGACAUCGUUGGGGCGGUUCGGGGCGCCCCUGAAGGCCAUAGUCCGCCGCUGCGAAAUGUACGAUGGCGACUAUGUCAAGUACCUGUCGACGUCGUUCGUGGCGCGGGACAUGGACCUGAUCCGCGCCGCCCUAAACGAAUCCGUGGUCAACUACUAUGGCAGGUCCUACGGCACAGUUCUCGGGGCCACGUACGUCAACAUGUUUCCCCACCGCGUCGGCCGCGUCGUGUUCGAAUCGGUGCUCGACCCGACUGUGUACACGGGGCCCUCGUCGGGUAUGCUGGCCACGUCCACCGUCGAUGCCGACGAAACGUUUGAUGCAUUUGCCAAUACGUGCGAGGCGGCGGGUCCGGCCAACUGCCCCCUCGCGUCCGAGCCCCACGUCGGCAAGCGCAUUCGCGAGUUUCUGGCCAAGACGGAGGAGACGCCUGUCAUUGCCCCGACGGCGGCCGGGGACGACUUUACCGUCGUCAUGGCGUCUGAAAUUCGAGAUAAGAUCCUGUUCGACUUGUACAAACCGGAAAAGUGGCUCGGCUUGGCGCGCUACCUGAACGACUUGUUGCGGGGCCAAUACGUGUCGGACCCCGUGCGCGAAACAUGCCCCGUGACAAACUCGUCCUACCUUGGCAUGUACAUGGAGUUCCCCAUCUACAUUGCCAACGACGGCGACUUGGAGCGGGCGCAGGACUGGAACUGCGCCCUCCGCGAAGCCAAGCAAAACAGCCCCCUCUUUGGCAUGCAGUUUGCUUUUUACGCCUUGCCUGCCAUGUACUGGAAGAUUCGCCCCGUGGAGCGCUACAGUGGUCCGUGGAACGUUCAGCUGCCCCAACCGAUUUUGAUUCUGCAAAACAAAAUCGAUCCCGUCACCCCCCUGCGCGGCGCCCGAGCGCUCGCCAGACUCAUGGGCUCCAACGCGGUGUUGGUCACACGCGACGGGUACGGUCACGGCAUCAACAGAAUGCGCAGCAGCUGCAUCUUCAACGCCAUCACCGCCUUCUUCAACAACGCCACGUACCCCAAGCACAACUCCAACUGCAAAGUGGACGCUGGUCCGUUCGAUUUUAACCCCGACCAAGCCAGUACCGAAAAGAAGCUUGACGAGGUCGACGAAGCCGAGUGAUUGGAAAUGUCGGCGAUCUUGGCCAAUGCCAAACGACCAUUGUAGUUCCUUACGGUGUCGAUUUCAUUUCAUGUGUAAAGAUUAAC